CCGUAUCUCUCUAGUCUCUGCCUCUGAUAUCUCUAAUGUGCUGUCAUCAGUUUCUUUGCAUAGAGUAAGAGGAGGGGAAAAGUGAAAGGGAGUGGGAGGCUCGUAGCGUUACGCCGACGGCACACGAUAGCACUGGGCUCUGCCUCAGUUUCCGCCGAUUCUGAACUUUGGGUUGUUACUCCGUAUUUAUUCUCGUGAGGUAUGGCGGACUUAAAAGGGAUCUUAUCGUUCUUCCGGUCCUCACUUUCUACUCUGUUAGCAGAUCGUCUCGAUUUCAAAUCUAAAAAAAAGAAGAGAGGGAUUUACAGCAGUAAGAUGCUUUGGAUAAUGCGAUUCUCUGGAUUCUUUUCAGCGGCAAUGGUGAUGAUCAUUCUCUCGCCUUCACUGCAGUCGUUUUCUCCAGCUGAAGCCAUUAGAUCCUCUCACCUCGACAGCUACCUCCGGUUCCCGUCGUAUCAGGCGUCUACUACGUCGCCACAUUCAUAUAAGGAUCGGAUUUCUUUUCGAAAAAUCAUCGGAUUUCGCAAUGCCGACGAAUGUGGCUCCACCUAUCGCGAAAUCAGAGGCGUCUGCGAUCCUUCUUUAGUCCACGUGGCUAUCACUCUCGAUGUGAUCUACCUCCGCGGGUCAAUCGCCGCCGUUCACUCCAUUCUCCAGCACUCGUUGUGCCCGGAGAACAUUUUCUUCCAUUUCCUCGUAUCGGAGACCGGUCUGGAAACACUCGUCCGGUCCACUAUCCCCGAGUUGAAAUUCAAGGUUUAUUAUUUCGAUCCCAAGAUCGUACGGAACCUGAUAUCGUCUUCUGUUAGGCAAGCGCUUGAACAGCCGUUAAAUUAUGCUAGGAAUUACUUAGCUGAUCUCCUAGAGCCGUGCGUACGGAGAGUGAUUUAUUUGGACUCCGAUCUAGUCGUCGUCGACGAUAUCUCUAAGAUGUGGAGCACCAACCUGGGAUCACGUACAAUCGGGGCACCGGAAUAUUGCCACGCCAAUUUCACGAAAUAUUUCACGGGCGGAUUCUGGUCGGACCAGCGUUUUCCGGGCACUUUCAGAGGGAGGAAGCCCUGUUACUUCAACACGGGGGUGAUGCUGAUAGAUCUGGUGAAGUGGAGGCGGGUCGGGUACACGAAGCGGAUAGAAAGAUGGAUGGAGAUCCAGAAACAUCACAGGAUCUACGAGCUCGGUUCGUUGCCGCCGUUCUUGCUGGUUUUCGCGGGACACGUGGCGCCCAUCGAACAUAGAUGGAACCAACACGGUUUGGGUGGGGACAAUGUGAAGGGAAGCUGUCGAGACUUGCAUCCCGGUCCGGUUAGCAUCUUGCAUUGGUCCGGCAGCGGUAAGCCGUGGCUUAGGCUGGACUCCAAUCGGCCGUGUCCACUGGACUCAUUAUGGGCGCCUCAUGACUUGUACGGACAAUCGCGUUGAAAUCACCGUAGCGAUGCAGUCGCUGGUGAGGAGUGCGAUGAGGAAGGAAAAUACGGCGCCGGCCGCGGCAGUGGCAUCGGCGGAAUAACUACUGGCUGUAAAUUUAUGUUUGUCGGUGGCGGCGGCGGGUGCCUUGCGUGAUUCCUUUGGGGACUGGGUGUCAAGCCAGGCAAUCACAUAUUCUCUCUUUGUAACUUGUUUAUUGUUUUUUUAUACUGCAAAUGACGUGACACGUAUACAGUCAUACAUACAUUUCGUUUAUACUGUUCCUGUUUUGUACACCAAAUAAUCAAAUUUGUAUGUGAUGGUGGCACAGAGUUAGGGACCCAGACGUCAUUGUAGCGUAGAUAAAAUGUUCAAGCUAGGAAUGGGACCCGAUUCUUUUUGCCCUGGCAUCACACGUGGCCUGUUUGAUUAUUAUUUUUAAAAUAACACGAGUCUUCAUCUUAC